AUGAUUCGCAUGCGAUAUAAUAAUCCCAAAAAUAGCCACACCCCUUACAUCAACCACCGAGAAAUCCCGUUAUCUGAGCUUCACAAGUUCACUCAUCAACUAAUAGAUAAAGUGGCCUUGGUAUAUGUGCAUUCUCGUACUGAAGAUGCUGACGUUGUCAAGACACUUGAUAUCCCCUAUUUUGAUAUCCCGUAUUACACGAGCAAACUGGAAGCGUCGGUUGAGGGCCUGACCUCCCCUUUGUCGACUCUGUUGUCCAUUGGAAUGGUUCCCUACUCUGCCAUUUACCAAGCCCAACACUCCACACCCCUUGGCCAUCACAGCCAGAGCAAUGAGGUCAUGGUUAUUGAGUUGUGGCGGAAGCCCCCUACUCCAACCCCUUUUUGUUCCUUGGAGCUUCGCUUCUGCUCCACCCAUUCCCACCCAGUCCUUCCUUCAGAUUCCCAAGCAUACACCCAAGCUUCCGCUGAGAAGCAUGCCAUAGUAAUCGCCGAGGUCUGGAAGAACGAAGACGGCCGCUACGGGGACCUGAAGCAGCGAAUUACCCCUUACUAUCGCAUUAAAGCAGAUGGCCUUCUGGCAAUGGGUGGAGCUUCCGCUCCAGGGAACAAGAAGGAGUGGAUGUAG